AGCGAUCUCAGCCUGUACACUGAUGCUUUCAAAAUAGCAGCUGUCACACAACCACGCUUUACAGCACAUCAGUGGAUUUCAGCACGUUUUCGUGAUCACUUGAAGCUUUGUACCCUCCACCACUCCCCAUGUCACAUUCAGCCCAGAGGUUUGGCUGUGCCACGGUCCAAGGCCUAGUUUGAUGCAGCACUGCCAUGUGACCUUGCCUGAGUUUUACUGAGAAAAUUGUUAAGCUAUGAGAAAGUACAUGAGCUAAAGCCGUGAAAGACAAGAAGGUAAAGUCACAGAAGUGUUGUUGGGAUGACAGUAGUUAGCUGGUGAAAGGUUCAAGAGAAAAGAUACAGAAAGAAAGAAAACCGGAAAAAAGAUAACUCAGUAAUGCUGAGGAUCAGCCCAUACCAACAAAUGGUAGAGACCAUUCCCCAGCAUAUUGAAAAUAUCCUGGCCAGCUAAGACUCAUCAGUUUUCUUAUCAGGAGUGAAAGGAAAAGGAGUUCGGGGCAGUCCCAGCCAGUCAGCUGGUCAGUCAGACUUCUAUCUUUAACACAGAGACAUAACAAUUUUUGCUUUGAAAGUUACAUGAAUCACAAAUCAUCCCUGUCAUGUGAAUCCAGACACAUCAUAGUUUGAAGAAAGAAAGGUGCCCCAAAUGAAGACGUUUGCCACAGAUGCGUGAAUUAUAAUACUGUUUGGAACUGAAAGACAACAAGGUUUUACCUUCUGGAGCAUAGAUUUCAUGGAUUCAAAUUCCAACACUGUGGUUGUAACUGGUUUUGGUCCCUUUAGACAAUACCUGGUUAAUUCUAGCUGGGAAGCAGUAAAGGAGCUGUCCAAGAGAGGCCUUGGUAAAAACAUAGACCUCCGUAUCAUGCAGCUGCCAGUGGUUUACCAAAAAGCAAAGGAGCAAGUCUUCAUGAUAUGGACAACUCUUCAGCCACUGCUUACUGUUCACGUUGGGCUGGCUUCAUCCGCCAAAGCAAUCAUCAUCCUUGAGCAGUGUGGGAAGAACAAAGGCUACCAAGAAGUGGAUGCUUGUGGUUUUCACCCAGAAGGUGGCUGUUGCAUGCUAGAUGGCCCGGAAAAGAUUGAAUCUACAAUUAAUAUGAAGACUCUCUGGAAAAACAUUUCAGUGGAAGGGAUUGAUAUAAUCUUUUCCAGAGAUGCGGGAAGGUAUAUCUGUGAUUACACCUACUACACGUCUCUGUACUAUGGCAGUGGAAGGGCAGCUUUCAUCCAUGUGCCCCCGUUAUCCAAAUCGGUAACAGCAGGCCUUCUAGGAAAAGCGUUGCAGACGAUGAUCUUAGAAAUGUUGAAACAGUGUGGGGAAGACAGACAGUAAGAUGGAUCGUAUAAGAAAAAAAAUGAGGAUUUCUUAGAAUGCAAUUCCUUACUCUCUUAAAUGAAGCAAAUUUUCUAAAGAGUAUUUAAAAACCUUGCAUGAAGGAUUUUAUAUUCCAUGUUACUUUCAGUGAAAUUUCCUUACGAAACCCAAACAACGGUUUAGAUCUCUCUGGUGUAAAAAGCUUGAGAGAAAAAACGAGUGAUUGGCAGUCUGUGUUGCUAACAAUGAUAAGGUUGCGUCAGAUUUAAGAAAGCGUGAAACUGAACUUAGAACAUUUUAGAUGCUUAAUCCUAGUUCUGAUGGUUAGAAAGACGUUAAUAAAGACUUGCUGAACCAAGACGGAUGCUUACAGCCGUAAGGAUGUUCAGCAUUGGACGCCUGUAACACAGGUCCCCCUCGGGCCCUGUCCAAUGCAGGGAGAUAGUUCAGCCAUACAAAGUGCCCACGUAAAAAAAUGUAAAUAUAAACACGUAGGGUUCCUGUUACGUGAAUUUUUAUAAUUCUCUUAGUGACCUUCUCUAAAUGCUGGUUUCUACAUCAGGAAUGGGCUGCGAACCCAGAGCGACUUGAAGGAACGUAAAUAACAAGCUGGAAUCCCGCAGGAAUGGUAACGCCGUUAGUAAUUUGGGUCUCAACUGCCCGCAAACACCACUUACCCAAACGCUCAGUGCCUGUCCCAGAGGAAAACGCUGUAGUCCUUCCACAGAGCACAGCACAAAGGCAACAGUCUUUCCGUAGAACAGCUCACGGCUGCUCAGGGACUUACGCCUCAGAAUCAAAAAGCUAACUUGUCCCAAGAAAGGCAAUCACUGUGUGCCUUUGCGUGCUGUGGCACGUGAUGUUAGUUACGAAACGGGAACCCAGCGACAUCCCAAAUUGUAAAACUUGGAAUCGGACAGUGACAGAUCACUUCUGUGCUUCCCCCCUGCCAAGCCAGGCUCCUCCACGUCUCAAACACAGCUACGUACAGAAGGACUGCGCCAUGAAAGCUGGGUAUGACAGAGGUUUACAGCACUCCCCCUGCAGCACGCAGGUAACGCCAGCGCACGCUCCCCUUGAUCAUCUUGCUAGCACCACGACAGACAAGGAGGAGAUAAAAUUAGCAGGUGUUUUUCAAAAACGGUCACUAGAACAGGGCAGCAGCAGCUUGAUGUGGACACCUGGGAUUUCUCCAGGGAAACAAAAGCCCGUUCCUCAAGCAUCACGUCAGUAAAAAGGACAGCAGACAAACCCAACAGCACGGACAGCUGAUGAAGCUUUGGGCCACCAUCGUGCCUUAUUUCAGUCAACAUCCAGAUGCCAAGAGUCGGAGCAACUGGAAAUGCCAAGAUAAUUCUAGUUUUCUUGCCACUGUCUUUUCCGACGACUGUUACAGAAAACUGAUAAGCACGUGCUGGCUGGCUGAAUGCCUCAUCUAUGGAUUGCCGAAAGGGCAAAUAAGCAGGUUUUCUUC